AUGUCUGGGAAGUGCCUUUUAAUGGUGAUGUGGUGUUUCUUGGCUGUGGGUUGUUUAGGGGGUAGGAAAUUGGAGGAGAAAAAUGGUGAGGAGGUGAAGAAACCAGACUGGUUCCUUGAUGGAAACCCAGAUUUGACGGGCGGUGACGGUGACGGUGGUGUUGGUGGGUGGAAUGGUUUGACUUUUGGACACUCAUUUAGUUUUGGUAAAGGAGCGGGGUUUAGUUUUAGUUAUGGAAACCCUGGUGUUGGAGAUACUGGAGAACUUGAUUGUACUGACAAAGGCGGUGGUGGUGUUGGUGGUGGAAGUGGUGGUGGGAUUGGUGGUGGCGUUGGUGGUGGAAGUGGUGGUGGGAUUGGUGGUGGAGGCGGGAGUGAAGGUGGCAGUGGUGGUGGCAUUGGUGGGGGUAGUGGUGGUGGGAUUGGUGGCGGGAGUGGGGGUGGCAUUGGUGGGGGUGGGGGUAUUGGUGGCGGAAGUGGGGGUGGGAUUGGUGGUGAACGCCACAAGAAUAAAGAAAAAAAGCAUCAUCUUGGAUGGGGUGGAACUAGUCAUGGAGGAAGUCGCAAGGGAAGAGGUGGUGUCAUAGGCAAAGGAAUAGGAGGUGGUAUUGGCAAAGGACAUGGUGGUGGAGGAGGUUCUAGUGGUGGAAUUGGGGGCGGUAGUGGUGCUGGGGGUGGGAACGAAGGUGGAAAUGGAAAAGGAAUUGGAGGAGUUGGUGGCGGUACAGGUGGCGGAAGUGGUGCCCAAGGUGGAAAUGGAAAAGGAAUUGGAGGUGGUAGUAGUGCUGGUGGAGGAAAUGGCGGUGGUUUGGGUGGUGGAAGUGGUGCUGGUGGAGGCAUUGGUGGUGGUGGGGAAACAGGUGGCAGGGCUAGAGGAGGUAUUGGGGGAGGCGUUGGAGAGGGACCCGAAGGAGGAAUUGGUGGUGGAAGUGGCGGAGGCGGGGGAUCUGGAGGGGGCAUCGGUAGUGGCGUCGGUGGAGGAGCUGGUAGCGGAGCAGGUGCUGGUUUUGGGGGAGGUGUAGGCAAAGGAAAUGGUGGUGGAAGUGGCGGAGGCGGGGGAUCUGGAGGGGGCAUCGGUAGUGGCGUCAGUGGAGGAGCUGGUAGCGGAGCAGGUGCUGGUUUUGGGGGAGGUGUAGGCAAUGGAAUUGGUGGUAGCGGCGGCGGUGGCGGUGGAGGAGGAGGUGGUGGCGGCGGCAGUGGUGGAGGAUUUGGAGGAGGUUAUGGGAAAGGAUUUGGGGGAGGUUUUGGGUCAGGUGGUGGUGUAGGCAGUGGCGUUGGUGGAGGUGGCGGAGGGGGAGGUGGCGGAGGUGGUGGAGGAGCUGGCAUUGCUGGGAGUGUUGAAGUGAAGAAACCGUGA